CCGGCCCUCUCUUUACGAUUGUGGUCGCACGGCUUCUCCUGUCUCUCUCUCUCUCCUCUUCCUCCACCAAAUCUCUAAAACCCUAGGGCCACAUUCGAUUUUUCAGUUCCAGUUACUCGAUUCUCUCGUUCUUUUACUAGCUCUCCUCGAUUAUUGAGUAGCUUAAUCUGAAUGGCUGACGUGGAUCAGAACUACACGCAUGUUGAAGAUAAUCAAGUAGAUGAAAAUACACAAAUAUAUGAGAAUGCUCAGGGACAGGAUAAUACACUGGAACAGGAUAAUGCUCAGGAGCCAGAGCCCUUGCACGAACUUGAGAAUGAACAUGUACAAGAAACCUUAGAGCCUGAGCAAAAGCAGGUGCAUAAUGAGGAUUCUCUGGCUGUAGUAGGUGAGAAGAAGUGGCCGGGAUGGCCAGGAGAGAGUGUUUUUCGAAUGUUGGUUCCUGCACAAAAGGUUGGUAGUAUAAUUGGUCGCAAAGGUGAGUUUAUCAAGAAAAUAGUCGAGGAAACGAGAGCUCGGAUUAAAAUUCUUGAUGGUCCUCCUGGAACAGCUGAAAGAGCUGUAAUGGUGUCUGCAAAGGAGGAACCUGAUUCUACUUUUCCUCCUGCGGUGGAUGGACUUCUGAGGGUUCAUAAACGCAUUGUUGAUGGUCUGGAGGGUGAUAAUGCUCAUGCUCCCAGCAUGGGAGGUAAAGUCUCAACGAGACUGCUAGUGGCAGCUUCGCAAGCAGGAAGUUUAAUUGGGAAGCAGGGAGGGACUGUUAAAUCCAUUCAAGAAGAGUCAAAUUGUAUAGUUAGAGUUCUUGGUUCAGAGGAUUUACCUGUUUUUGCUCUCCAAGAUGAUAGAGUUGUUGAAGUACUAGGUGAUCCAGCUGGUGUGCACAAAGCAGUGGAACUCAUUGCUUCGCAUCUUAGAAAGUUCCUGGUCGACCGUAGUAUUAUCCCAGUCUUUGAAAUGAAUAUGCAGAUGUCAAAUCCACAGAUGGAUCACAUGCCGCCACCACACCAAUCUUGGGGCCCGCCUCAGGGAAUGCCACCAAAUGCUGGGGGUGGUCCCGGCUUUGGACCGAAUCCUCAAUACAUGCCACCUCCUCGUCAGUUUGACAACUAUUACCCACCUGCUGAUAUGCCAUCAGUUAUGGAUAAGCAACCCCAUCAUGGAAUUUCUGCUUAUGGAAGGGAAGCUCCUAUGGGUGUACAUGCAUCAUCGAAUGCACAGGCAGCGCCUUCAAUUGUCACACAGACAACUCAACAAAUGCAGAUUCCAUUGUCUUUUGCUGACGCUGUUAUUGGAACUGCUGGUGCUAGUAUCAGCUACAUUCGGCGUGCUAGUGGGGCCACUGUUACCAUCCAAGAAACGAGGGGGGUCCCAGGGGAAAUGACAGUUGAAAUGAGUGGAACUGCGUCUCAAGUCCAAGCAGCCCAACAGCUUAUACAGAAUUUCAUGGCCGGUGCUGGAGCCCCAGCCCAGGCUCAAGCUGGGGCGACGACAGACCAAGGCUACAACUCUUAUGCUGCUGCUCAUGGUUCAGUCUAUGCAUCUCCCCCUGCAAACCCGGCUGCUCAUGCUGGUCAUGCUGGAGGCUAUGGCUCUGUCUACGGUACAAAUUAUGGGUACUAAGCCUUUGUAUGAUGUUCAUUCUCCUCAACCCGAGCGAUCCCACUUGGAGUCGUCGUUGUGGUGAAGAGUGGUCAGUAGAACUCCAUCAUUAGAAAGAUUUGUAUCAUGUAGCCUCCUUUUAAUCAGAUUUUUGGGAACAUAUUCUACCUGAACGUCUUGUGAUCUGCAUUAGCCUAUUUGUAUGGUUUAGAGAAUUCAGUAUCUCUGAGAUUUUAGCACCGAGUUAUUAUUGAGUUCAUGCGAUGGACAUUUUAAAAAAUGCUGCAACAUUAUCGGACAAGAAAAUUCCAACUUGCAUAAGGCUAUUA